AUUCACUUCGAGUGACCUAGAAGGCAUGCCUGUCAUUUAUUUCCUAUUAAUAGCGCCGAAUGAUUGUACAGGACUUAUAUAAAAGCCCUAUAGCAGCCAGGACUUAUCAUUCACAGUCCACUGUGCAGCUAAACCAAACGUUUCAAAAUGUCAGCUAAGUUCGUCGUUGUCGCUUGCUUGGUAGCCGUUGCGCACAGCAGCGCUAUCCAUGGCGGAGACUACACCAGCUUCUCGUACGGAGUAGCUGACCCCCACACCGGUGACGUCAAGAGCCAGCACGAAACCCGCGUCGGCGGCAACGUCGUUGGCCAAUACUCGCUGCUGGAGUCUGACGGAACCCGCCGCACCGUAGACUACGCUGCCGACGACCACUCCGGUUUCAACGCCAUCGUGCGCAAAGACCCCGUGUACGCACACGCUCCCGUCGUCGCCGCUCCCGUCGCGCACGCCGCUCCCGUCGUCGCCGCUCCCGUCGCGUACGCCGCUCGCGUUGCCCCCGUUGCGCACGCUGCCCCCGCUGUAGCUUACGCUGCCGGUCCCUCUGUGUCUUACUCCGCGUCCUCUUCCUCCGUCGCUCAUGGAGGUUACGCCGCUCCCAUCGCCCACGGUGCCGUCGCCGCUCCCCUGGCUUUAGGAUACGGUGCUGUUGCCGCUGCUCCCCUGGCCUAUGGUCACGGUGCUCUCGCCGCUCCCCUGGCUUUGGGACAUGGUGCCGGAGCCUGGGCUCAUGGUGCUGCGUACGGAGCGCAUGGUCUCGGACACUACUAAACCAACCUCUCGCUAUUAGGAAUUUAUUUAUGUACCUAUGUAGUUGAUAAUUAUGACGAUGGUUAUGAAUGAUGAAUGAUGAACUUGCUGUGAUCAAAUAAAAAAAUGUGUACAGUA